AUGCCGGGCUAUAUGUCGAACCUUGCGACACUGCUCUUUGACCGCUACAAUGAGUAUGGUGACUCUGCUGACAUUGAGGAGGCCAUUGAUCUUGGCCGCAAAGCUUUUGGAUUAACAAAUACGGAUCCAAACCUCCGAUCUAUUACCGCAGCUAACCUUAGUCGCUAUCUGGAAGCUUAUUACGUGAUGAAUAGAGAUCCGGAUCGUGGUAACCAUCUUGAAAUAUUUUCGAGGCUUCUUUUAAGGAGAUUCGAUCACACACAAAAUAUAACCGAUAUGGACAAGGCUAUUCGGCUUGUAGAAGAGGCCGUCGUGGCUCCGACGUAUGAUGGCGAAAGCGUCGAAGGCCGCUGGGCGAUUUUUAGCAACCUGGUAAGUGGAUUGGCGAAGGCUUUCACCUUUGAAAGCACUCUUAAUCCUAGUCACGUCGAUCACCAUGCAUACGCCGUCAGCGAGGAAUACGUACUCAUGGUAUCUAAGAAGGAUACUCUCCUAUUAGCCCAGGAGGACGUUGAACGGUCCAUCUUCUUUGCCCAAGCUGCCUUAUCUGCGACUCCGAAAACACACUAUCUCUACCGGACAUAUCUCCAAACGUGGGCCUCUAUACUUAGGACUGAAUAUCAGCGAUUUAAGAAUUUGUCUACCCUUGCGAAGGCGAUUGAGGUAAUAGAGGAGGCUUUGACGCUAACGACACCCUUUCAUCCGAGAAGAGGCACCUAUGUUACGGAUCUCAGCAUUCUAUACUUUUGGAACCACGAGGAGUCACAAGACCUCGAAUCCUUCGAAUCCUUGGAACGCGCGUUGGAGCUUGGGAACGAAGCUGAGACGAAACAUGAGCUUUCGAAGAAUAUCGCCGACCUAGAUAUGGCCAUUAGGUUUAUACGCAAGUCACUAGAACGAAUCGAUGAGCGUGACUGGGAGUAUUCUGGGUUCCUUCGUAAUCUGGCGAACAAGUACUAUCGACGAUAUGCUAUUACAUAUAGCCAAGAAGAUUAUCAAGCUUCAAUCGACACUUAUGUUCGAGCAUCUGAGGCUAAGUACUCACCACCCCGUAGUCUUGUCCUUGCGGCGAGGAACGCAGCUAUAAUGCAGGCUGAGGAAGGCGACUUCCUAGGCGCUAGUGCCUCUCUUUCGAGAGCACUAGACCAGCUACCCAAAUUGCGCCCGCGCUACUUCAAAAGGGAGGAUAAACAGGACGUGCUUGCGGAACAUCAUUCCCUAGCUUGCGAUGCGGCUGCUUUUGUACUAGCUGCAGGCAAGACUCUAUAUAAGGCAUUAGGCAUGCUGGAGCUUGGGAACGCUGUCAUCAUCGGUUCAAUAAUAGAUUACCGGAAUAAUGUUUCUGAGUUACAAGAGAAACAGCCGCAACUUUAUAAUGAAUUCAACCGACUCCGUGGUGAGCUAGACUUCACGACUCCAUCAAUGGAGCAAGUUCUUGGUAACGAUAGCAUCCUCACUAGAAAGACUCGGACUCUCCGCCAAAAGCGCAAGAUCGCUGCUAAGCGCAUGAACGAGGUGCUCUCCGAGAUUCGUAAAGUCAAAAGCUUCGAGGACUUCUUGCUAGUGCCGAGCUAUGAUAAGCUUCUCCGCCUUGCUAGAGAUGAUCCGAUCGUAGUGCUGAAUCACAGCAUUAUCGCUCGGCGCCUGGAUACGCUAAUCGUUACGUCCGAUGGCAUCAAACACUUACCGCUGUCUUCAACUUUUAGCAUUGGAAUGCCUCCAGCAGGUUCCUUUAUACUUGAAAGAGACAUCUAUAGUGGGCUACUUCGGACAAGAAGUAUCCGAAAUGAAAACCUUAGGUCUAUUCUUAAGAUCUACUGGAAUUGGACAAUUGAGCCGAUCUGCACGAAGUUAGGGUUAAUUCACCGCGAAGACCCGUCACAGCUUCCUUACCUCUAG